AAAUAGAUUCAUCUUGAGCUAAAACAAAAAAUAAUAAUGGAUGAUUCCGAAUUUGACUUUGGCCAAUUAGAUCAACUAUUCAACUUUCUUUCUCCUCCUCCUCCUCUGCCUCCAACUACUCUUCAAAGUAAUCAAGAUUCAUCAUUUUCAUUACAAAAACAAAACUCUAAUAUUGUUUUUACAAGUACCCAUAAUGUACCUAAAAAGAAACCAAUUUUGAUCACCAAUAUUAAUAUUAUUGAUGAUCAAGUAGUUCAAGAUUUACCUAAAGAGAAAGAGAUGGUGGUGGAGAAGAAAGUUAUGAGAAGAGAUGUUGAAAGGCAAAGAAGGCGCGAUAUGGCUAAGCUUUAUCAACGUUUACGCCUUCUUAUUCCAUCAAAGUAUCUCAUGGGAAAGAGAUCUAUAUCUGAUCAUCUUGAAGAGAUAGUGGAUUAUGUAAAGGACUUGAAGAAGGACAUAGAGGAGUUGGAAAGUAAAAGAGAAAAAUUGAAAGAAAUGAAAAAUAUUACUAAUAUUAGCUCUCUAUUGGCACCAAAUUCUUCAUCUAUGAAAUUAAAUGAUGAUGAUGAAGAUAAAAUAAUAGUGAAAUCAUGCAAUGAAGGAGUGGAAAUUUCAAUAAAAGGAGGGCUUUCUAUUUCAAAAGUGCUUAAAGUUCUUAUGAAAGAAGGAUUUAUUGUUAAUAAUUGUGUUUCCUCCACAAUUAAUCAAAGGCUUAUUCACAUUAUUCAAACUAAGGUGAAUACAAGAGGAGAUAUUGAUCUUGCAUUACUAAGAUCCAAGUUGAUGGGUUUGUUUUAGGCAUAAUAUUUUGAAAUUUCUAAACUUAGAUCCUUUUUGUUUGAUGUACAUUUAAGUUAUUGUUCAUUAUUAAGAAAAAAAUAUUAACUAUAGAUAAAAUAUUUAUC